AUGAAUCAGAGGCAAGAGGCUUUUCAGAGGUUGCGCUCUCCAUGCGUUGAGCUCAGCUCGGUCGUGCUUAAAUUCAAGACAAACCAGGCCGCCUCCAAGGCUGUCUUGCUGGCCCUAGAGCCUGUCUUUCAAGCCCUAGACUCACUGGGCCAGCAAGACAGCCUCGACCAGAAACUUGCUGAAUAUGCCUUCUUCCCUCUCACCCAGAUUUUAAAUCAAUCGCGACAGCUGCCUUCACAGGUCUUGGAACUCACCCUCAAGUGCACUCAGAUUCUAAUCUCGAAAGGAUGGAAAGAGAACCUUACGCCGCAAAUGGGCAAGCAGCUGCUGAUUCUGAUGAGUUUGCUCAUCUCUUCACACUCAACCCCCGGCACAGACCCACCUACCGAUGCCCUCAAAGUGGCGGCUUUCGAAUGCAUGUUUUCAUUGCUACAUCAGAUCGCCCAGCGUGACGAUUCAGCUCAAAUGUUGGAUGAAAUAGGCGCUACCAGCCUUUUAGACCAACUCGUCUACCAAUUGCUCGAAGAAAUAAGCGUUGCAGUUUCGGAAUCGGUGCAACUGGGUGCAGCCAAAGCGUUGUUGGAAAUACUGACCGCCGUUGACAAUCCUGUGACUCUUGCCAGUCUACUACCUCGCACUGUGUCGACUCUAGUCAAGGUUCUCCGCCCGAGUACUCAAGCUCGUCGGACACAAAAGGUCCUUGCUGCAUACUUACAACUCCUCACUGAGAUUUUGAGACGUGUCCUGUCGGACGGUGUUCUUUCCUUUGCUCAAAAGGGGCUGCGCAAUGACAAGAAUGUGCAUUCAAAACCUGAAGCCGAGAGAGUGCUUGACAAAUCGUGGCUCGAUGCUACAACACCCCAAAUUGAUAUCGCUUUGACUCAGGUGACUAAGCUGAGAAGUCUGAAAACCCCUGUCAUCAGUGAAGCUCUUCUGCAGCUGUGUCUUGCUGUCAUCGAAGACUGUUCAGAGUCUUUGCAGAAGUCAGCACCGCUGAUGGUAGAAACCCUCAUUGUCUUAUGUCGUUCCGAUGAUCCAUCUAGCGCAAUUGCUGCUUUAAAUCACUUGGUGCUAUCACGACCAGCCAUCGGCGAGAUAAUUAAUGCAAAAUUCUUCACCUGGUCUCAAGCUCUCCCACGCGUGAUGCAGGCGAACGAUGAUAGGCCAAAGCAGCAGAUCCUCGGCCAACUCGCAACAUCAUUCGGUGCGUUGGCGGAAACCAUGGGAGCCUCUGAAGAUAUCACCGCCCGCAUCGCAUCAGUAUUGGUCGACAGUGUAUCUGCCUCGAUCAAGGCAAAUUCUCAGCAGCUCACUGUGCUUGAUGGUCCUGCCGAGUUCACGCUUGACGAACUUAUUCACCCAACACGCUUGUCAUUGAACGAGUUUCAACCGCUUGUACUCAGCCAUCAAAGUCAGCAGUCGUCGACAAAGGAACUGAAUGCCUUCAUCCGUUCCUUGAUGUCCCAUUCUGGAAAUUACCGGAUCACCAGGAACAUUAUUGAACAAUUGAGAGAUCCUAGCAUUAACAGACGACUCUCUGCAACUUGGCUUGCCCUGAAAUUUCUUGACUCCACUGCUCAACCGGCUUUCAGCCUCGACGAUUUUGUCCAGGAAGACGAGACUGAUGAAGAUUGGUCGCUCACCCGGCCCUUCCUCGUCUCAGAUCUUUAUGCACAAACACUACCACAUCUACUCCAGUACGCUGAUGAGCCAGCUGGGUCAGCUACCGAUUGGCGUAUGGUAGCUUUGGCUCUCGAAUCGCUGAUUCUUCAGGCAAACCAGCUUGGGGAAUCAUACCGAGCGGAACUGAUGGAGACCUUGUUCCCUGUACUCAUUCUCUUCGGAUCUGGCAAUCCUAAAUUACAAACUCACGCCAUGACUGCUCUCAACUUACUCGCUCAAGCCUGCAACUAUAUCUCAGCGACCCAAAUGUUGAUUGAAAAUGUCGACUACCUGAUCAACGCUAUUGCCAUGCGUCUGAACUCAUUCGAUGUCUCGCAAGCCGGACUUCGGGUUCUCGCCAUGAUGGUUCGUCUUUGUGGGCCAGAUCUGCUACCUCACUUAGACGAUGUGAUCAGCAGUAUUUUCAGUGCUCUCGAUAAUUAUCAUGGGUACCCGAAACUAGUCGAAUAUUUGUUUACAGUGCUCAGAUUGGUAGUGGAUGAGAGCUCGAAGAAUCCAGCGAAGCUUGCCAUCGAGCAAAAGCCCAUUUUGAAGAAUCAUGAGCAACGCAUGCCGUCUGCGUCUGCGAUCGAUGACAUCCUGCUCGAUUUGCAAACCAGAAAGAAUCGAAGAGAUAAAGUGGACGAAGAACUUGAAGCAUCGAUAGCUACACCCCACAGACCGUGGAAAUCUACUGUCGACAAUCCAAAUGCUAUGACCACAGAUGAAGGAAGUGAGAAUGGGGAUCACGACGGGGAUUCCACACCAGAGGAACAUCCUAAAAAGGACGAACGUAAAGUGUCAGGGCCACAUCAAUUACUGAUUCGCAUCGCGGAAGCAACCAUACCUCAUAUUUCAUCACCUUCGGCAAAAGUGCGACUCACCCUGCUGGAAAUGCUUGGAAAGAUUUGCCCUGUGUUGGCGGCUGAAGAGAACACUUUCCUCCCCUUGGUGAACUCCAUUUGGCCAGCACUGACCUCGCGACUCCUUGCGCAACAAGAUGACGAGUCACAAGAAACGCACUACAACAUUCAGGCCGCCGUGGAGACGAUAAGGAUCAUAUGCGAAAACGCUGGUGAUUUUAUGGCCUCCCGGAUCGACGAGCGUCUCUCUAGCUUUGAGGCCUUGUUCAGAAGACUCCAAGUAUCAAAAGGAAAUUCCGAGAGUGUUCAGGCUUCGAUUAAAGUAGAAGAAUCUAAGCCCUUUCUCAUAUCACCAGUGUCCCCGGACAUGGUUAACCACGGCAGAGAAGGCUCGGUGCAAGCCGCUGACCGAGGGCAUCAUCGAAGGCCGGAACAGCAAAUAUUACAAUCUCUUCUCGCGUUGUUUUGUGCCAUUCUUCGAUCUGUCCGCAUAUCCGAAGACAAUGCAGACAGAAUUUUCGAAAUCCUUGGUCCGUCCGUGGGAAAGAGUGGAGGGACCCCGGUCCAAGCUGCUCUAACAGGGUAUAACAGCGAUUUCGUGUGGUUAAUGAAGAUACGACAGGGUGAAUGA